AUGCCAGAGUGCAACCGCUUUCCCAAGUUGCCAUCCACAGGGUUUGUCUCUUCCUUAAAGACCAGGCAUUCAUCGGGGCCUCUUCGCCGCUCCUUGGCCUUAAGUGAUGGCAAGCUAGAGAUAGUGGUACCAUCAUUUGUCCAUUACCUCAAAGUAUUGGAGGGUUCUGAUGGUGAUAAAAUGUCAGGAUGGCCUGCUUUUCACCAAUCGACAGUCCAUUCCAACCCUCUCUUAUAUGAUAUAGACAAGGAUGGUACAAGAGAAAUAGCGUUAGCUACCUAUGAUGGAGUUGUAAAUUUUUUCAAGGUCUCUGGCUAUCUGAUGAUGGAUAAACUAGAAGUACCUCGUAGAAAGGUUCAUAAAAACUGGUAUGAUGGCUUGGAUCCAGAUCCAGUGGAUCGUUCACAUCCAGAUGUCCAUGAUGAUUCAAUUUCCAAGGAGGCUUUUGCUGAGAACUCAAUAUCUCAUAUAAAUGGGAGCAUGAAUGGGUCAAAUAAUUAUGAUUCUACAAACAUUGUGAACAACCUCUCAAUGAAUACAUCUAAGCUUGAGGACAGAGGAAAACUUGAUUUUGCCCAAACUAGUCAAUACAAUGGAGUAUCAAGCAAUCUUAAUGACACAAUCAAAAGGGAUGCUUCAUUGGAAAAUGGUACAGAGGAAAAUCAAACACAAACGCAAAGAAGGCUUCUUGAAGAAAUUGAUAAUCAAGGGGCCCACGAUGUACAUUCGAAAGACCAUAACACUGGUAAUGGAGUGCAAGGAGCAACUAUGGAAAAUGACCAAGAACUGGAAGAAGAAGCUGAUUCAUCUUUUGAUUUGUUUAGAGAUACAGAUGAGUUAGCUGAUGAGUAUAAUUAUGACUAUGAUGAUUAUAUUGAUGAAUCAAUGUGGGAGGAUGAAAAUUGGACAGAAGAGAGCCAUGAGACAGCAGAAGAUUAUGUUAGCAUAGAUUCACACAUACUUUGCACUCUAGUAAUUGCUGAUAUAGAUAAUGAUGGUACUAAAGAAAUGGUUGUGGCUGUUUCAUACUUCUUUGACCGCGAGUAUUAUGAUAAUCCAGAGCAUUCAACUGAGUUAGGGGGUAUCAACAUUGAAAAAUAUGUAGCAAGUGGGAUUGUAGUUUUCAACCUUGAUAUAAAGCAAGUCAAAUGGAUUCAAGAUCUUGAUUUAAGUGUCGAUUCGGGGAAUUUCCGUGCAUAUGUUUAUUCUUCUCCUACUGUGGUUGACUUGGAUGGUGAUGGAAAAUUGGACAUUCUUGUUGGCACUUCCUAUGGCUUGUUUUAUAUUUUGGAUCAUCAUGGCCAAGUGAGAAACAAAUUUUCUCUUGAGAUGGCUGAGAUUCAAGCACCAGCUGUGGCAGCUGAUAUUAAUGAUGAUGGCAAAAUUGAAAUAGUGACAGUUGACACUCAUGGAAAUGUUGCAGCAUGGACUGCACAAGGAGAAGAAAUUUGGGAAGUGCAUCUUAAGAGUCUAAUACCACAGGUGAUCUUACUAUUGGAACCCCAAGGACCUUCUUCCUCCCUCUCCUGCUCCUCGUCGACGCCGGCCGUCGACUGCCAAAUCUUCUCCUCUCCUUCUCCUCCUCGUGACGCCGACGUCGACGCUGGACAGACCGGCCACUGCUCCCUUUGUCCUCCUCGCCACGCCGUCGCCGGACAGACCAGCCACUCCCCAUCUCCUUCUCCUCCUCACGACACCAUCGCCGAGCAGGAUAGACACUGCAACCGCCUUCUCCCUCACCGCCGGCGUAGAUGA